AUGACAAUUUCCCGGCAGACAUGGUAUCACCUCCGCAAUCCUGAACGAACUCAGUGCAAUUGCCUAAAACCGCCGCUCUCCGCAAAGAUUCGCCAAGGAUCCGAUGUCAGCGCUCGAAAUACGCUCAAAGCAACCCUUUUACAUAUCGUCCUAUCUUAUCCACACGUUCCGGGCCUAUCCCAGGCCGAAGAAGCCAAUCACAUGAUUGUGGUCGAAGGUGGUACAGAGCGUACUGGCAAGGCUGAGACAAAAUACUUUGGAGGAAACAGAGGUGCAGCAUAA